AUGAUUGCAUUAUCUACUCAUAUUGUAUCCAGUUGUCAAUCGAAGGAGGAUCCAAUAGGAUUUCAAUGCCCGAAAUGCAGAGAAUUUGUGCCCGCUCCUAGUUUCUCUUUAAAUGUUAAAAAUUGGAGUAAACAUUUACCAAUCAAUAAACUUCAAGAGGAUAAUUUGUAUAAAACAGAAACUGUGACGUUUUGUGAAGCCUGUGUGAGAGAAAAUGAAAUGGAGGAGGCGGAUAACUAUUGUUUGUCUUGCUGUGAAGCACUUUGUGAUAUCUGUAGUAAGUGUCACAGGAAAAAUUUGAUGUCUCGUGAUCACAAAAUCCGCCGUCUUAAUGAGUUGUCCAAAAUAUCUACAGAAACUCCUUGCACCAAACAUAAAGAUCAACCAAUUCAGAUGUUCUGCAAUGAUUACGAGGAACUGUGUUGUGCUAUGUGCUGCAAAAACAUACACAGAAUAUGUGAAAGUGUAGAACCUAUUGAACAAAAAGCAGAAAAGAUCAAAAGCAGUGCAUCGGUAGGAAUGUUAUUACAUGGCAUUAAAGAAUUCGAUAGAAAACUUUAUGAGGCAAAACAAAACCAAGAAAAAACCAUAACAAAAUUAGAAGAUGACACAGAUGCUUUAACAGGCGAAGUCCAAAGUCUUAAAGAAAAACUUAUUCAAAAUCUUGAAAAGCUAGAGAAGGAAUAUAUAGACCAAAUUUUCAGACAAAGAGAAACGUGCAAACAGAAGCUGACAAAGAAUAUGCUGUACACGCAAUUGAUGACAGAAUUCUUUUGA